GGAUUUAACAGAAAGUUUCCAUCAAAUAACACAUUGUGUGUUUGUGUUUUUCUUAGGGGCUGGUGAAUCAGGAAAAAGCACAAUUGUCAAACAAAUGAAAAUUAUCCAUGAAGCUGGAUAUUCAGAAGAAGAAUGUAAACAGUAUAAAGCAGUUGUGUACAGUAAUACAAUUCAGUCCAUUAUUGCUAUCAUAAGAGCUAUGGGGAGACUGAAAAUAGAUUUUGGAGAUUCAGCCAGGGCUGAUGAUGCACGCCUGCUCUUUGUUCUCGCUGGAGCAGCAGAAGAAGGUUUUAUGACAGUAGAACUUGCUGGGGUUAUCAAAAGGCUGUGGAAAGAUACUGGUGUUCAAGCCUGUUUCAACAGAUCAAGAGAGUAUCAGCUUAAUGACUCAGCAGCAUACUAUUUGAAUGACUUGGACAGAAUAGCCCACACUAGUUAUAUCCCAACACAGCAAGAUGUCCUCAGAACUAGAGUGAAAACUACAGGAAUAGUGGAAACUCACUUUACUUUCAAAGAUCUCCACUUUAAGAUGUUUGACGUUGGAGGCCAAAGAUCAGAACGUAAAAAAUGGAUUCAUUGCUUUGAGGGGGUUACAGCUAUAAUUUUUUGUGUGGCACUUAGUGAUUAUGAUUUGGUCCUUGCAGAAGAUGAAGAAAUGAAUAGGAUGCAUGAAAGCAUGAAAUUAUUUGAUAGUAUCUGCAACAAUAAGUGGUUUACAGAUACCUCUAUUAUCCUGUUCUUAAAUAAAAAGGAUCUCUUUGAAGAAAAAAUUAAAAGGAGUCCUCUAACUAUUUGUUACCCAGAAUAUCCAGGAUCAAAUACGUAUGAAGAGGCAGCUGCAUAUAUCCAGUGUCAGUUUGAAGAUCUAAACAAGAGAAAAGACACAAAAGAAAUAUAUACUCAUUUCACAUGCGCCACAGAUACGAAGAACGUGCAGUUUGUUUUCGAUGCUGUAACUGAUGUAAUCAUAAAAAAUAAUUUGAAAGACUGUGGUUUAUUCUAAACAUUUACAUCCAACUGUACUUUUUUUUUGUUUUGUUUUUUACAAAAACCAA